GGCUCGGAGUGUCCCGCACUGACUGUCCAGAUGCGCCUCCCCGGCAGCCGCCGCCCGGGCACCGCGGGGACGGAUCGGCUGCGGACCGGGCUUUGAAGAACUGAUGGAGUAAGACAGAAGAUCCCCAGGAAAAGUAUGGACAUUGGUGCCAGGCAGCUCAAACAAGGCUUUUAGCAGUCCAGGGACACCACAGAGACAAUGAGAGUUCGCCUCAAAGGGGAUGUGAUCUGUACCCUCCUCCUGCUGGUAGCGCUUUGCUCUUUACUCUACUCCCAGCUGGAACAUUUAGUCCCGGCAGGAAACAAGGAGCCAACACAGAAGAAGCCUCCAGCAACCCCAAAAAUAUCCUCAGAUCCCCGAGCACCUGAGAGACUGAUGCCAGCAGAGGCAACAGCACCCAGACCCCAAGUUACCCCUGUCAUUAGACGAGCAGAAGUGGCCAAGAACAGGGUCCAAGCUACAACUCCCCCCCUGCCAACUGAUUCUGCCUUCAACUUCCAGCACUAUCUCCUGAACAAGGACAAGAGGAACUUCAACCUCCUCAUCAACCAGCCCAGGAAAUGCCGGAAAACACCUGGAGGGCCCUUUCUGCUCAUUGCCAUCAAAUCAGUAGUUGAAGACUUCGACAGGCGCGAGAUUGUCCGGAAAACUUGGGGCAGGGAGGGUUUGGUGAACGGGGAGCAGAUCCAGCGAGUGUUCCUCCUGGGAACACCAAAGAACAGGACAGUGCUGGCGACGUGGGAGACCCUGAUCCACCAGGAGAGUCAGACAUACCGGGACAUUCUGCUCUGGGACUUCAUGGACACUUUCUUCAACCUGACCCUGAAGGAGAUCCACUUCCUGAGCUGGGCUGCCGAGUUCUGCCACAACGUCAAAUUCAUUUUUAAAGGUGACGCCGACGUUUUUGUCAACAUUGAGAACAUUGUUGAUUUCCUCAGGAGACACGACCCCACUGAGGACCUCUUUGUUGGGGACAUCAUCUACAAUGCCCGUCCCAUCCGUGUCCGGAAGAGCAAAUAUUACAUCCCAGAGACCAUGUACGGGCUCAGCAUCUACCCGGCCUACGCGGGGGGAGGAGGGUUCCUGCUCUCCAGCCACACCAUGAGGAGGCUCUCGAGGGCGUGCAGGGAGGUGGAACUCUUCCCCAUCGACGACGUCUUCUUGGGCAUGUGCUUACAGAGAAUCAACCUCAAGCCCAUCUUGCAUGAAGGAUUCAAGACCUUUGGCAUCGUCAAGCCUUCUGCUGCCCCACACCUACAGACAUUUGAUCCCUGCUUUUACAAGGAUCUCAUGGUAGUUCACAGUCUGAAAGUUGCCGAGAUCUGGCUGAUGUGGAACCUGCUCCACAGCCCACGUCUCUCCUGCACUCAGAAGAAGCAAGUGAAAAAGCCUUUCCAGUGGAAAAAGAAAGCUCAAACUACAGCACAGACAUCACCCCUGAGAUGAUGCAGGCAGACUGCAGCACAAACACACAGCAGACCAGCUGAGAAAGGGAACCUGGAAUUGGUGCAGCCCAACAAACCAACUGCACAAGUAUUUUAGCACAUCUUAUUGUUAAGAGAACACAGCAAACAACUGCAGGAAUUUGCCCAAAUUCCACAUUUGCACACACAUGUCAUGUAGGUCCUCCUCUAUUAAUGAGUCCAAAUAAUCAUAGCAAUAUAUGUAAUUUAUUAUUAUUUAUUAGGAUUAUACUAGUGCUUAGAGGGACACUGUGUAAAAGGACAUUGAAAAAUGCAGUCCUUGGAGGUUUUUCAGCAUUGUUAGAAAUGUGAGAAAUGAAAGAAGAUACAAGGUAAGAGCACAGACACCAGGGAGCACAGGGAUCAUUGUCAGCUUGCUACUUGACUUGGACUCAUUGACAAAUGACCAAACAGUAAGUAGGAUAAAGGAAAUCAGGUCACCUCAGCAUGGGCCCAGCUGGAAUCACUGCUGCCUGGCUGUUUUCCUGGAGGCCUUGGGAGAACAACUAAGAGCUGCAGAAAUGGGGGCCUGUAUGGUGCAGACUGACUGGAUUACAAGGAAUCAAACUGGGUGCUGAGGCUGGCUGAGCACAGGACAGGCACACAGAUAACUGGGAAGGAACAGUCUUCCAAAGGGCCUCUAAAGAAGGACAAGAGCUUUGAGCUGAUCCCUCUAAGCCUUGAUCUGCUGUUACUCCCAGCACUUCUCUGUUCAAAUACCUGCUCCACUGACACACUCAGGACUCAGAGGGCCAGUUUUUGACACUUCCCUGAGCUCAGGCUCUCUGCACUGUGCUGACUGACAUUCAGUGAAAACUCAAAGUCAUCCAGCAGUUUUUGAUUGCCCUCACCAGCUGAUCCACACCUUCAGAAGGUUUGACUCUAGAGAUCCUCUGGCCUUUGCUUUUAAGGGUAAAACAGAGCUGCUGCUUGCGUCACAUCUGGGAGCUGCUUCAGACCAAAGAACAACUUGUCAAUGGACUGGGCUGCUUUCUCUAGACCUCUUGCUUGGCACACAGGCAGCUGCAAAGAGCAGCCAAGACUUUUCAUGCUGCUGUGGGUGUCGUGAAGGGAAAAAGUACUUUUCAGACCAAAGGGCUUCAGAAUAAAGGCUCGUCUAAAUUUAUUGCAAGAAAUCAAACCCACACAGCAGUCUUUCUGCUGGGAUUUCCAAGGUCCAGCCAGUAACUUCUUAACUAUUUUAAGCAUCAGACAAGAACACUGGAUUGCAUACUUUUUCAAAGAAUAGUGAAUACUUUGCAUUUUGUUUUUUCCAACAGUAGACUACCUUAAAAGAAUAUCCUUUCUUUAGAUAUCAGAGCAGAAGUAAAUUCCUCUAAAUCAGGGUUAAAAAGCUACUAAAUUCAUGGGGCAAAGAGCCUGAAUUAACCUUUGAUACUGUGUUUGUUAGUUCUUUUGCGGUUUUUUCCACUCAAAAAAACCCCACCUCCUAUCCAUCAGAGAAGCCCCAGUGCCACAUGAACACAGCUUCAGAGGAAAUUACUAUCAGUCACAAACAUCCAGGAAGCUGCUGUCCCUUGAACAGAGCCUGCAGCACAGCUGCAUUCCAUCCCUGUGUAGAACCUUCCUCCCCCCAGGCAGCAGUUCAGGCUCAGUGCUUGUCCCAGCUGUGCACACCACGGAGCACUGGGACCCUGCUGGUAUCCACUGGGACAUUAUUAGCAACAGUCUUACAUUUUCUUCAUCUUCACCAUGAAUUUUAGCCUUACAGUAAUGUAUUUCCAAGGAGAGGUCAGCUGUAUAGGAAUCAAAAGAUUCCUACAUUUGGGAUCUUUUCAAGAUGUGAUCCUGAAACACAAAAUGCUCAUUUGAGCUGCACAAGGAGCUCUGCAGGGAGUGGAACUAAGCCAGAGCCUUGCUGGUGGGAGAAAGUCACCCUUGCCCGUCUGCUACCAUGUGUGAUACUUGUGUAUUUGUGAGCUUGUACAAGAAUGUAUUACCUGUGAUUAGUUUACAGUUUUGGAGGUUAUUUAUACCAUAAUUAAAAGACAGCAUGCAGACAUGCCUCUGGAUGUUGGAGUGAGUCUGUCAAAAACACCUGCACACACGUUGUAAGACUGAUACCACAGGGAUUUUUCAGGAAGACAUUAACAUGAAAAAUACAUUAUUCAUUAUUUUGGAUAA